GCGCGCCGGGGAGGCUUAGCCUGCGCGCCGCGCGCCGCGCGCGCGUGAACAGUUCACACGACGAGCACACAUCGAUACGAAGCCGCAAACGGUGCUCCUGGUGCAGCGCUCGGAGAUAAAACCGCUGGGCAGCAAUAACACUUCCAACAAAUAUGACCACCCAGCAAGGCGAGCUCCUCAUCCGUCAAAAAAAUGCCCAAACGCAGCGGCCAGAGUGGGCGCGCGCCUACGUCGUGCUGGCCGUCGACGAGCGCCAGCUUUUCUGUUUUACGGAUGAGAAGUUUGAUGCCCCGUGUUGUGUCCUUCAGCUCCGCGGUGCGUCUGUCGGCAGAGUCGACGGCGCGCGCGACGGCACGCACCGGUUUUCCGUCGUCACGGACGCGCCGCCGCCGCGGUCGUUCCUGCCGGCGGCGGCGGCGGCCGCGCUCGCCGCCGGCGCGGCGGCGACGGCGAGCCUCGCCCUCGCCGGCGCCGCGCUGCUCGCGCUCGCUGCCGCGCUGCUCGCGGCCGUCGCGCCGCGCGUGCAGCGCGCCGGCGGCGCGAAGGUGCUGCUCGCGGCGACGUCGCGCCGGCGCGCGGAGACGUGGCGGCAGCACGUCGCGAGCUGCGCGGCGCUCGAGCCGGGCGCCCGCCGGCGCCGCGCGCAGGAGUCGAGCGUCCGCCGGUGCGCCGCGUCCGUGCGGUCGACGCGCGACGACCUGAUCCGGGCCGUCAAGGAGUGCGUCCACGCGGCGCCGGGCGGCCGCAUAACACGCGUCCAGGCGCCGCGGCGCGGCGCGGCCCUCGCCACGGGCCCGGACGAGAGCGUCCCCUGCCUGGCGACGGCGGAGCCGUGGGGCGCGUCGCUCGAGGCGCACUUCUCCGACGGCGACGACGUGUCGACGAAGGCGACGUUCCGCGUGCGCGAGGGCCAGGACUGGGACGGCGUGGCCCUCGACUGCGAGGCCGUCGCCGUGGCGCGGCGGCCGCUCGCGGCCGAGCGGCUCGACGCCAUCGCGCGGCGCGUCGCGCUGCUGGGCCUCGCGGCCAAGGACGCGGCCGAGGCGCGGCGCUUCGUGGACGUCGGCGCGCGCGCGCGGGUCGAGCUCGACCGCUUCGCGACGGCCGAGGACGACGACGACGACGAGGCCGAGGCGGCCUUCGUGGAGGAGGCGGACGAGGCGGACGAGAACGCGGCGUGGCGGCCCUGGGCGCGGGCGCUGCACGACGCGACGCCGACGUGCGGCAAGCGCUACUGGUCGUCGCCGCGCGCGGACACGUUCCCCGUGCGCGGCGCGAACUACCUGCGCGACCGGAUCAAGGUCCUGAACCGCGGCGACGCGCAGUUCGCGCUCGCGGCCGUCGACCUCCUGUGGCACCGCGACCCCGCCGGCAUCGAGGCGGACGACGGCGAGCGGAAGGGUUUGCAUGUCUGCGGCCACCCGCGGAACCGGCUCGCGCUCGCGCGGAAGGCCUACGAGGGCUGCGACGCGUUCACGAUGGUCGUGACGCUCGUCGUGCCCGGCCCGCCGGCCUACACGCUGGCCAUGUACUACGUCUGCAAGGACCCGGCCGCGCUGAAAGAUCAGGCGACGCCGCUCGGCCGCGUCGCGCGGCCCUUCUUCUUCGGGGACGACGACACCUAUCGCGACGCGCGCUUCAAGCUGACGCCGCGCAUGCUGGACUCGAACUGGGUCGUGCGCAAGGCCGUCGGGCAGCGGCCCGCGGUCCUCGGCAAGCAGCUCAAGCAGUGGUACUGGCGCGGCGCGGACCUGUGCAUAAAUCAAAUUGUCGCGGCGCGUCUCCAUCGACGUGACGCCAGCUCGAUGGUGUGGCAGUGUGGGUCUUGCACCACUCGAUCGUCUCAUGACCUCCACGCCAUCGACGUGACGCCAGCUCGAUGGUGUGGCAGUGUGGGUCUUGCACCACUCGAUUCAGUCAUCAAGGUCGCGUUGUCGCCGUGCACCCGACUUACUGUUUGAUUUGCGCACAGGCGCGGACUACCUCGAGAUCGACAUCGACAUCGGCAGCUCGCAGAUCGCCGCGGGCGUCGUCCGGCUCUGCGGGGGAUACGCCAAGGCCCUCGUGGUGGACAUCUCGUUCGUGAUCGAGGGCAAGCGCGACGACGAGCUGCCCGAGCAGAUCCUGGGCACGAUCCAGAUCCGAAACCUCGACGUCACCAAGGGCAGGCCGCUGCCCACCUAG